CCAUGUGUUCGGGCAAUAAAUUGGCUGAAAGAGAGGUGCUUCUAGCAUUCCCCUGAGUAGAAGUAUCCCGGCAAAGACAAUAGCAGGCAAAAUAAGAACUGGAAAAGAGAAGCAACUCAGCUUGUCAGGAUUUCUCGAGUGUGUCCGCAAUGCUGCUCCGCUCAGGCCGUGAAAAGCCGUAUGAAGAGUCUCCCCAUAGAAGGCAGCCUGUUAAGAAGCAAUCUCUGCCAAGAACUGUAAAAACAGCUUCUGGAAAGUCAGUGUUUAGUCUGCGAGAAACACUGAAAUGCUAUAUACUGACUGAAGAUUCAAAAACAGUGCAUUUUGACAUAGAUGAAGAUGGUCACCAUGAAAUUUCAACCAAGGAUUCACAGUCCCAUGAAGAUAUUGCAUGGUUAAGCAUGUUCACAAGGAAUGAACCAGCAGUAACUGAUUCUAAAAAUUUCGUGAUCCUCACGCAGAGAUCAAAGUUUAAUGAAUUUGUCCUAUUGUGCAAGGGUAAGAAGCAGCUCUCUCUGAAGGUCUUAAAAGCAUCCUGUUCGGGGCGGGAUUAUCCUUCAGUGGAAAGAUGCAACAUGAAAACAUGCAACCAUGAAAAUCCUGACUUCAAACAGCUGAGUGAAGAUAAUCACUUUUUCAUCAUGCACUACCAAGGAGAUUCAGUGCAGUUCCAAUGCUAUGAAGAUAGAAGUUACUACCUGUAUGUGAAUGACGACUCACUUGAUAUUCGCAAGCCGGAAAACAAAGAACCCAACGAGGACAAAAAUUUUUACUUCAGGGUGUCAUAUUUACAGGAAAAGUAACUUGUCUGCCUUUCAGUGGCCUAAGUGUCCAUACAACUUCUGUAAUAAGCUAACAGAAGAGAAGGAAGGUUGAGAUAAACUAAUUUCCGUUUUUGCUUAAUUUUUACUUUUUUUGUAAUUUCUUGAGACACCAUUUUGCAUCAGUAACAUCCUUUAUUUCUGUACUUUCAACAGGAAAAGAGAAAGGCUAAGUUUGAAAAGCAUACUAACUGAUCAGUCUCUUUGUGUCUUACCUGCACAAUUAUGAUUUUAAGGAGCUCAGUUCUUCUGGAAGGGGAAAAAUACACAGGGGAUAUUUUGAAGGCAGGGGAAAAAGAAGGAAGUGUACAUGGAUAUGAAAUAGAAAGCACAGUUAGUUCUCCACAUGGUAAACAUUUUACUUUUUAAAAAAUGUCUCUUAUGAGCUCACCUGAACUUGACAAGAAAAUACUUAGAUAUUAAAUGCAUAUGUGCAUGUCCUAACUGACUGACUGACUUUGGGAAAGGAGUGGAAAAGGUAUCUCAGGUCUAACUGAGAACAAAGGAAGAGGCUGAAGGUUAGUCUCUGCUCCUGUAGCUCCAAGUCAGCGCAUAUACUCCAUUAUGCAAUUUCAGCAUCUAUCCAGCAUGGCAGCUCUCUAAGAAAAUGUGCACAAAGCAUCAGACUCACAACGUGCAGGCAGAGGGAGGGAGGCACAUUGAACUGACGGGGCAUAACAGAUGCCUGUGAACACUGGCAGAAAAUUGCUAUGACAUAUUAGCUUCCAUCAGUGAAUCACAGAGGGAAAUGCCAUCAUGUGUUCAGCUGCAAAGUGGAGUGCAGAACAACACCUGAAAAAUAAAUGUUCAAAAUGACUAAAUAAAAUAAACACUAGGUGGUUAUGUGGGAUACACUGGAGGAGCAGUAAGAGUACCUGCCUUUUAGCAACAGGGUCUGUCAGUGUGAAAUGGAAGAUGCUGACACUUAAAUGUCCAUAGAUCAUACCCUGCAAGGCAGAAAACAUUUGAAAUACAAGAGGAGACAAAGUAAAAAUUUACACAGAAUCACGAGGUGUUAAAGAUCUGGUUCUCCACUGCUGUGCAUGGAGUCCCACUGUGAUUUAGUGGCAAUUUUCCUUCAUGCAAGUCAUUUGGGAAUGUAUGUAUAUAAAUGAUAGACAUCAUGCACCUAUGCCAAGAGGUUGUUGCUUAGUUGCAGUGGAAAAACCUACAGGCCACACAACACUUGCAUGAAUUUUUCUGUAUAAAUAUAAUAAACAAUGCAUACCAGAAAUAGGAAGCCUAACAUCAGUCACACCAAUGUACAUUACAAGAAGGUAAUUAUUUGUGGUAGACCAAACUCCAAAGGUCUGUGAGAUCUUAAAAGAUUCCUCCUCUCUCCCUGCUUCCAGCACUGUGGAGUUUCACUGGUAGGCUUGUUGUAUUCUUCAAAUAGUGAAAAUCAUUCCAUUGCUUCCAAUGCUGACUGAACAGAAGACAGCUUUUGAGUAUUCCCUAAAUAACACUUACAACUUCUGGAUCUGUUAAGAGUUCAGUGAAGUCAGUGGGAAGAAAAAAACCCCAAACUCUAGAUAUUGACUUCAGCAUACAUUAUACUAGAUUGAAAUUAUUUUCGUACUAUCUAUUAUGUUGCACAAGAAAUAAAUUCAAUUAUAUAUCAGGUACAAUGACUGCAUUAGCUGAUACACUAACACUUCAUAAUCAUACAUUUAUUAUUGGUAAUGUGAUCACCUUACUAAAUUACAGAAGAUGCUUUCUAGAUGAUAAGUUUAUGAAAUGAUGACAACUACAUCAUAAAGCUCUUACAAAGCAUACUAAUGAAAUCAGCAUUGCAGAUGUCAGCAAAAAAAGUAAUGUUGACCUCAGUAAAUUUUUAAUUUAUUUUAUAGUUAAAACUUAAAUUAUGGUUACAUGCAGAAUGUUGUACUUUUACCAUCUACUGUAAAAAUAAGAUUUUUUUUGACAAUUUAAGGGACAAAAGCCCUUAUGGAAAGCAGCAGUGGUAAUUUUGUAAAGUUUCAGAUUUGAGAUAUAAGUCAGUAAUGUCAUUUGACAGUUUUUCUCAGAAAACACAGUAAAUUCAGCCAGCUUUGUAACCAUAAAUGUACAUAGAAAAACAAGUUAACAAUUUCUGGAUUUUAAUCUUUCCUGGAUUCUUGUUUUGCUCAUACAAACUCUUCAAACUGACAUUUUCAAAUUCCCAUUAAUCUGAGUGU